AUGUCGAACGCGAUAGAGGAUCCCCGGGUCAGGGCGGCCAUUGAGCACUACCUGUUAGAUCUGGAGAACACCCAGCCGAAGAAUACGAAGCGAAAUUAUCGUCCCAAGCAGGAAGAAUGGAAGGAGUGGUGUCAAGCCAACUGGCCUGCGAUCCCGGACGUUUGGCCGGCCUCAGUACCACAGGGCCAACAGCUACCGGGAGACCUGGUCGACGAAGGAAAGCUCUUGCUUUUCAUGAAGGAGGAAGCCAAGAGGGCCGUGAAAAACCGUAGAGCACCAUCAGAUACCAUCGUUGUAGGUGGCGGAGGUAGCGAAUACGAGUCAGACUCCGACUUGGAGUUGUAUGAGUCCACGCUCAAACUACAGUAUAAUACUGUACGGGGCUACGUCUCGGCCAUACAGAUGCUUUACGACGAGCAGAAGAGCCGGGGGGUCAAUCCUGCGGCCCGGCCACAGGGAGUGGCGCUGAAGGCGCUCAAGCGCAGCAUUCUUGCAACGACUUGGAGCCGGAAGAGGAAGGAGUACAUGGACAGGGGAGUUGGAAUUCUGAGAGAUAUAGAUCGCCUGCGCCCUGAGGACGCAGGUGGACUUCUGCUCGGGAACCACAUGCUACUGCGGUCUGGCAACCGCCUGCCGAUGGAGUUGGCAGACUGCUUUCCCCUGGACUUACCCAACGAGGGCUUCAAGGCCCAGGGGUAUACCACAAAGGCGCUGGUUGUCGUGAUGAACUGUGGGAGGACCAACCAGCACGGCCGCAUGGAGUACGGAUCUCCUUUUCGGCAUCGAUAUCCCAGGUCUUGUCUCAUCGGCGCCCUCGCGUUCUGGCUUUUCUGGCGCUGGCAGGUAGAAAAGGCGGAAAGGUUUCCGUCUUCCAAAGAAGCGAAGACUGGUAUGAAACGAAGGUGCUCCGCCGAUCGGCGAAAGAGCCUCAAGGUAAGCAUGAUGGCAUUCACCAGGAUCCGAUAA